AUGUUCCGUCUCGCUGCACGAAACUUUGCUGCUCGCAACAUUGCCUCUGGCUCUGUUGUAGCCCCCCGCUUCGCUCUCGCGGCUCGUAGCCGCAUCGUGCCUUGCGCAGCGUUCUCCGCGGCGGCAGGCCUCUCAAAAGAAGAGAUUACUGCUCGUGUUCUUCAGGUCCUCAGGAGUUUCGAGAAGGUGAAGGCCGACAAGCUCAACCCUACAGCGUCAUUCUCCGAUGACCUGGGCCUGGACAGUCUGGACGCCGUCGAGGUCGUCAUGGCUGUGGAAGAGGAGUUUGCUAUUGAGAUCCCUGACGCGGAAGCGGACGAGAUCAAGACGGUGCAGCAAGCUAUUGACUACAUCGCCAAGACGCCUGCUGGUGAGUUCUUCGUCUCGCCCCUUCUCAACGUACGAGAACUCACUUUAUAUUCCAGCCCACUAGCCCGUAGUAGUAAUGCCCUGUACCCCUCUCAUCCGUUAAUGGUAUUCGUCCCCUGCAUCUCAUCCAUCUCGACUAGAGUGCACAAUCCCUGUCUUCUCUUGGCCGCGAAGGGCCGGACGCCAUCCAUGACAGUCAGGUGA